AUGUGCAACCGCGGCCAGCCGUGUGAGGGCUGCACCAGACGGAAUCAAGCGUCACUGUGUCGAUAUGCUCCCAAUGCCAUCAGGAACAAGGCUCGCCCGCCCAAGGUGGGCAACAUCCAGGAGCGGCUGGAUAAUCUAGAGGUGAUGCUGGCUUCGAUUGCGGCGAAUCCCGCUGCUGCUGGGAUUGGUAUAGGAGCUGUGCCCAGUACGCAGGCUUCGUCCGGCCAGAGGAGAAUGCCGGCGUCUUCCUACCCAGAGCCUCAGUCACCGUUCAAGCCAGCUCGAGUUCCCCAAGACGAUCACGCCUUGCCGCCUGAGCUGCCUCAUCGCCACGAGUCUGGAGAUGGCCAAGUCAGUUACAUCGACCCCAGCCAUUGGAGGGCCAUCUUGGACGAGAUCAAAGAGGUCAGAGAGCAUCUGGCAGCCUUUGACCGCCCUCUGGUGCAGGAGGAGCCGGAGCGCAAGAGCGUUGCAUCAGAAGACGGGGCCGGAUUUAUGUUUGGCAAAUUUCCGGUGGUCGAUCUCGAAGACAUCAUCAGCACCCUGCCGCCGAGAUCGGCCUGCGAUGCCCUUGUUGCCCAGUAUUUCAACGCCAGAUUCAUGGUGCUGGGCAUCCUGCACCCGGUCAAGUUCCAAAGGGAGUAUGAAAAGUUCUGGGAGGCUCCUCUCAAGGCACCUCCUCUUUGGAUUGCUCUGCUCUUUUCCGUUCUCAGCCUCACAACCUCUCUUCGCAAUGUCGCCGGUGGCUCGGCCGGGCCCAAGUCGGCAAAGCCAACAGCCAAGACGCUGCAGCAAAGAACAGUGGAAUGCCUGAUCUUGGGACGUUUCCCUACCGCAAAUGCGUAUGCUCUGGAAGCCAUGAUACUGCAUCUCCAAAGCUGCUACCUCACCAUCAAUAGACUCGGCUCCGAUCACUGGUUUGAGAUGGGCACUUUGAUCCGCCUCGCCUUUAGAAUGGGCUAUCACCACGACCCGGAUGGCUUACCGGGCAUCUCAGUCUUUGACGGAGAGAUGCGGCGGCGCGUGUGGCACAACAUCUUCCAGGUGGACGCGCUCAUGUCUUUUCAGAUGGGGUUCCCAAGCAUGAUUCCGACAGAAUUCUGCGACACCAAAGUGCCGAGAAACCUGCAGUUCUCUGAUCUUGAUAUGGGCAUGACUUUGCUGCCUCCAGGGCGGCCUCUGUUCGAAAACACCCCAAUCAGAUAUCCAAUCGCCAAGUCUGGUGUCAUGGCCGUGUUCAAACGGAUUGUUGCGCAUUCCCAGUCUUUGUCUCUCCCAACCUAUGAUAACACGAUUAUGCUGGAUAACGAAAUGAGGGAGUCGUACAGCAACCUGCCGGAAAUCCUGAGAGGGAGGGACGUAGGUCGUUCUUUCAUGGACCCAUCGAGCAUCAUCUUCGAGAGAUGCACACUCGAAAUGCUCUACUUGAAGGGUCUCAUUGUUCUGCAUCGGCGGUACAUUAGCUACGAAGUUGACGGCCGUCGAUUUGAGCACUCCAGACGAACCUGUGCUGAAGCCGCUCUCGACAUCCUGGCUCGUCAGGCAGAUCUGCAUCAAGCAUGCCAACCUGGAGGGCGUCUGUACGACGACCGAUGGAUGGUCUCUUCACUGACCAUGCACGACUUUCUUUUGGCUGCCAUGGUCAUUUGCCUGGAUCUCUCGGUUCGUCUUCGGCGUCCUUUGAGCGUGUUAGUGCCAGGAAAAGACGACGAUGCUCUUACUGGGCGAGAAUACCAUGCGCUGCAGAGAUCGCAGAAGAUAUGGGCAUCCAGUAGCCAGAUGUCUCCCGAAGCACGCCUUGCGGCUUUGGCGCUCGGCCUGAUGGUGCAGAAAGUGGCCGAAAAGGACAGACGCCAUAUUCCUCCAUCUACUAUUACGCAAGAAGAUCUGGCUGCUGCUGCUUCAGCUUCUACCCAAGAGCUUCCGUAUGCAGGGCCCAUGUCUCAGAUGAUUGAUGGCAUAGAAGGGCUAGACUGGAAGAAGUGGGAGGAGAAGUGUUUGCAGGAGUACCUUGCGGCUGGUGCCAGCUUUUGGACUGGAGAAACAGGUCACAUGACGAUGCAAGAGGAGCAGUAG